UUGAAAGAUCAAGUCCAAAAUAAGUUUUUUUAAAUUAUUUUUUUGUAAUUGUCGAUAUAUCUUUGAACAUGUCGUCCAAACAACCUGCUCUAAAGACAAUUGUUCCAGGCAGUCGGACUUUAGAGGAAAUAUACGAAGAUGAAGCCCAUCAGAUCGUUGACGAAGCGAUUGACAAUGCCAUGAGACGUUUGAUGGCGAAAUUCGAAAAUGACAAUAGUAUUAGACCAGAAGACAUGGCUGAGACUCAGMAGACUGAAGAGGAACAAGCCAAUAUAGACCCAGAAACUGGCAAACCUAUACCGAAUAUCAAAUGGAUGAGUGCAGAUAAUUUUACUGUUGCUGGAGGACUUGAGAAAGUGGAAGAAUUCAUACAGACAUGGGAAAGAGAUAGCAGUUGGCUUUAUUGUAUAGAUUUUCUAAGAGAAGAAGAUCAUCCAUACAGUAAGCGAUAUCGUUAUGCAGUCAAGUGGAGUGUUCCUACAAGAAGAAAACCAAUCCCAAGAGCUACUGCGAGCGUAUUCUUUACAUUAGAAGUUAGCAAGUUUAAACCCAAGUCUUUCCCAGUUGAAGUCUAUUACAUUUUUGAAGGUCAUCGACUAGUCCACAGACCUGGUAAAUCAAAGUUCAGAGAAAAAUGGCUWAAAGAUAUCAUAGAAAGCAAGAUUAAGAUGAUGGAUACUGUUUUCUUUUAACCAAAUAGUUUUUUUAAUUCAAUAAAUAGCAAUUGCAUUUAAAGAAAAUAUAUCUAUUUUGUAAAAAAAAUACCAGUUAGCAUGAUUGCAUUAAGUUCAACCUUCUGGAGGAGACACACAGGAUUUCUCACAAAUCACKUGUGAUUCAUGGAUGUAUAGAGGAAAAUAUAAUGUAAGCAUGCAUGCACCAUUUUAUUGCAAUCAUGCCAAUGCAAGUUUUGUUUUUAUUCUACUUAUUGUAAAUAACCCUGAAAGUGUGAUAAGACUCUCCCCUGUACAAACUAUAGUUUUAUAUCACUUUAUAAAUAAUUAAAGAAUAAAAAUAUYAAAUGAUUC